GUAAGACGUGUGAGAGCAGCUGACAUUCAGACGAAAGAAAUAAGCAGGGGAGCAAGCUUCAAACAGUUACGUUCAUCCUGAACUCAUCCUGUGUUUAUUUGUGUGCGUCUCUGGCUGUGUUUGUGGACCAAAUUCGGAGAGCUGCAAAAAGUGGACGAUGGCACCUCCUGCAUCCCGUAAACAAAGUAUUGUUGAGGUUGCCGAAAAAACUUUUGAUAAGAAUACUCUUAUCCUUAUUGUUAACCUGCUUAUCCUCGUUGUACUCACCAGCCUACUAUAUAUGGUAGCAACCUCCGCUAUGGCCUCAUCUAGAAGAGAUGAGCAUUAGCACUGGCUAUGUUGCAUUAACGUUC